UGAAGAAUGGAACGCUAGCAAUUACUACUGAAGAUGUUGCAAAUACAUUUGAGCUCUUGAAAGAAAAUAUAAUUGCAAAAAUAAAAGAUGCUCUUGAAAAAGAAAAGGAUACACUUGUAAAGGAAAUGGUCGAUGCAUUUAAUGAAAAGCUAAGUAAAGUUCUUGAAACAAUACAAAGGAAAGGGGACGACGUAUUAAAAACGGUAGACGGGAAAAGAGAUGAUGUACUUGACACGAUAGACGGGAAAAGAAAUGAUGUACUUGAUACGAUAGACGGCAAAAGAGAUGAUGCACUUGAAACAAUAAGAAAGCAAAAAGAUGAAGUCCAGAAUUAUAAAGACAAUGCAACAAUGAAUAGUACAUUAACCGCAUUUCAUGAAGAUUUAGUGACUCAUUUGCAGACAAAAUUUCAGAAUGUACCAAUCUCGCCGUUGUUACAAAGCCACGUCAAACCUAUCAAAGACUUUUUUGUAUCGCCUGAUAUUCGACACAUUUCCAAAGAUGGAAGGACGACUGGAGGAAUGUUGCACAAGUAUAAAGACAUCUUUUACAAAUCGAGAAAACUAAACCGUCGGAUAUAUCUUCAAGGUGAUCCUGGAAAAGGAAAAUCAACAUUUACAGCAAAAUUGAUACUUGAUUGGUGUCAAAUUAAAUUAUCACCAAUGGAGGCAGGAAAUCCUGAUAUAGAUUUUGACGAUGUGGAAACAUUACAAGAAUUUAAAUAUGUCUUCCAUAUCGCAUUAAGAUACACAGCGGGACUGCGCACAGUAGUUGAAAUGAUUAAAUCUCAAAUCAUCGAUCAAAUGUAUCCAGAUGGAGAGCGCAAUUACAGACUUCUUAACCUAAUCCUGAAAACGGAGAAAUGUCUCGUUGUUAUCGAUGCUCUAGACGAUUGGGCUGAUCCUAAAAAGGAGAUCGCGAUACCAUUUAUUGAAACAACGCUCAUAAGGUGUGUUGUCUUAACUACCACACGACCAUACAAACUUGUUGACCAACGCAUAGAUGAUUCCUAUAUCGAUAGCCUUAUUGAACUUAAGGGCAUCGCCGAUCCAGCAAAACUUGUCAAGUUGAUUUUAAACUGCAAUAAAAAUCCCCAACCAGAUAUUGUGACGAAGAAAUUUAUGGAUUACGUCUCUGAACGCAGAUUGGGGAAAUAUUUGGAGUCACCAAUGCUGCUCACGCUUCUUGUCUGUUUAUGGAACGAAGGCAUUAUACUAAAUGGCUCAUUAUGUGACAUACAAUGUAACCUGUUAGAUUAUCUCUUUAAGAAAGUACAUGAUCCUGAUCACAGGACAUAUUUUCAAACGCCGCCCUUUCGUUGUUUUGAUAAGACAUGUUAUUUACAUGACGUUAUGGAUGUAUUAGAUGUGUUGGCUGAAGCUGCAUUUCAUUUCUUGUAUGAAAACAAACUGGUUUUUACCGAACGAGAACUGUGCAAGUAUAUGAAACGUGAUCAGAUACAGGUGUCACUACGUGCCGGCGUUCUGACCGAAAGAAGAUGUUUUUCAAAAGCAGUUGCGUACUCUUCAAUUUCGUUUCUGCAUAAGACUUUGCAGGAAUUCCUGUCCGCAUAUUACAUCGCUAAAGACUCAAAGAAACAACCAAGCGAUAGGAUUGUACCUUACAGAUGUCUCAGUGUGAACCAUACUGAGCUUGUAUUUGUACACCUGUGUGGACUUGAUAUUGUAACAGCCACCACAGUAUCGUGCGAAUUCAAUUCCGAGAAAGUUAAAGUAUGCCGCGCAUCAAUGUUUAACCAAUCACAAACAAUGGUCAUUUCUGGCUACAAUGAAGCUGAAGCCAAUCAACAAUGCAACAUAAAUCUUCAUCUGAAAGAUUUUAACUUUGAUGAGUAUGUGUCGGACCAUGACACAGAUAAGCUGAAGAUGCUUUUGUCGAACAACGCGUCAAAUGUUCGUUCACUAGUUUUAGACCGAUAUGUUCUGAAUGCCAAUGACAUAUUUAAUAUUAUGAUCUUAUCCGCACAGUGUAUUGUGCAUUUAAAAAUAAGUAAGUGCAUCGGGCUAGGAUUUAAGGAUUUAAAUAAUUCAGCACAAUUAUCAAAAAUGUUACCUACCCUGGUAAAUAUGUCCGAUUUCGAAAUAAAUGAAUGGGACAUCAAGGCACGCGAAGUUAGUCUUCCUGACUCAAUAAGAUCUUUUGUAUUGGUGUCAUGUCAUUUUCAAUCCCACUGGCUGCUAAGUGUUAUACUCAAGCUGUCAAAUAUUGGCCAACAUGUGCAGUGUACACUACAUGAUUGUGUUGUUGAUACAUCUGAAGAAUCUCAGCAAAUAUAUUCACGGACUUCCGAUUCCGAAUUAGGUUUAAAACAAGCAUUUGACAUGCCAAUAGUUUCGCUGAAGAUAUGUCAGGACAGUCCGGGCUUGUAUGAGUUUUUGCGUGAUCUGGGUAUUCAACGUCUUGAAUUAGAAUCUGUUCACAAUGAUGAAUUGUUAUUACAAACUUUACCGUCUUUGACUAAAUUAAAAACAUUCACAUUGAUUAGAACACAAUUAGAAAGUUUGAAUAUCAAGCUUCAUCAAUCAUUAGAAUCCUUAUGUUUGCGAUGGAUUUCAUGCUCGCCAAUCUGGCUGUACACAUUGCUGAUGCAUUUGUCAAACAUGGAUCAUGUUGUGCGAUGUACUUUGGAAGCGUGUGACGUGAAACCAAGUGACAUCACUUCUCGAGAUAAUACACAGGUGCUUUAUUCCGAUUCAAACCAAAACGCUGAUAUAACAAGUCUCGAACUCAUUGUUGUAAAUGACAGUCCGGGUCUGUAUGAAGCCUUACGACACAUGCCAUUCCGUACUUUGACAUUCACUUCGGUAAAUAUGGCAUUGGUAUCAAAAAGCCUCCAUACAUUAACAACGUUAAGGGAAAUGUAUCUGCAUGAUACGAAUUUCAACAGUUCUGAUUUUAAUUUCCCUUCGUGUCUAGAGAUUAUAAGUUUGAAUCGCUGUUCGAGUUCGUUAACUGUGUUGAAAUCGUUACUGGACAAAUUGUCUGCAUUAGGUCAUCCUGUAAGGUGUGAACUUAAAUAUUAUGAUUGGACAUUAUCGGAAGCGUUCGAACAAAUGGCGAUGUCAGCGACAAUCUCGCAGUCAAAUGUCGACGUGGUAAUUGAAGACAGCCCUGGGCUAUAUAAUGAAUUGUUUGGAAUAUCCACGACGGAAAUAUACACACGCACAAACGAACGGCCAGAUGUCCCUGCCAAUAUCGUAGAAAGGGACGAGCUCUUUGGGAAAUUGGGCAUUGAUUUCCAGUUUGAGUGUGGUUUGGGCGGCCUACCAGCGUUUUCACACAGUUGUGCUGAGCUUCAGAAAAUAGUCGAACGAGCAAAGGCGAAAUGCGGUCUUGAUGAACGUGUAUUUGAACAUAUUGACUACACAUUAGUAAACUCCAAAUCAAUUCAAAUAUACUCAGAGACCUCUUUGUUACAAGAACUAAAAGAAGCAAUUGAUGUCGUGCCAACUGUGACCAAUGACUGUUUUAUUAAGGAAUUCGUUGGACAACCGAUUCUAGUAAUCGUGCGAAAAGAGAAACAACGUUUUGUAGAGGAAUGGAUAGGGGCAUCUCGUGAAAAUAAUGCCGGCAUAUGUUUUUUGUUACUAGCCCCUGGAGAAGACAACACGUACAUUCCACCCAGACGAAACAUAUUUGUUAAAUAUUCAGCCGACUCAAACAUAAAGGCUUCUGCCAAUGACAUUUUAGAACGAAUGGUCUUUUUUAUGUUAAAACAAUUGAUAGAAAGAUGCAAGUCGAUGUACGACAUAUUAGAGGAUACUUCGGAUACAACUGAAACAUUGGUUGAGCUUUAUACGUGUGCAAAACAUGCGUACGGAAGAAGCGAAAUACCAUUCCGGGAACAGCCAUGUAUACCAGAGAUUCCUUAUCCAGAUCAUAUUGAUAGCGUGAUUGCUGAAGUUCUUAACGUGAAGGGGGUAUUUGGUUGUUCAAAGACACGUGGAAAGCUCGAAGUUUGCAUUGAUGACAACGACUAUAAAAAUGUUCAAGAACAAGUCAAGCAUAUCACAAUACAACGAAAUAUAAAAACCAUAUAUGAAAGAUGCAAGUUUACAUUCUUCUUUUCUGCGGGAGAUAAGAUUUGUUCGGGUACACCUUCACGUUCAACUCUCGGUGGUUUUGCAGUAAGGACUUAUGUUUCAAACCCACAGGAUAAAUACGGCGCAUGUAGCAAUACUAAGAAACUGGUUGCCCUUGUUGCACGCCAUGCAGCUAGGAUAGACAGUGUUGAAAGUCGGUUUGAAAUACGCGUAGGCGAUAAACUGAUUGGUUCUACGGACUCUAUUCACAACGAACCAAUGCUCGACAUUUUACCUAUUGACGUGUACGACGAAUGUGUGAAGCACUGUGAUACUCGCUUCAGAACAGAAGACGGAAAAAGUAUGUUUGGUACACUAAUAGGGCUAGAGAAAAGGGAUUAUUUGACAAAAGGGACGCUUGUGCAUAUAUGGGGAGCAGCAUCAUCCCCCGGACUAGGGAUAAUUGAAGGAAUAAUGGAUGUGAGUGGUGGAUUGUUAAUAACCAUACAAGACCGUAUUACGGGCUGUCCGUUCGCGAACAAGGGUGACAGCGGUGCGAUUAUUUGUGCUUUAGACGCAAGGGGACAGACGUUAUACGCAAUCGCAAUGUUGAUUGGAACGUUACAAAGUAGAUCGAGUGAAUCGCACAGCCGUUAUGUUGGAGUACUGUUAGAGGAAUCAUUUCAGAAACUAGCACUAAUUUAUUCCUCAGAGUUUAGAUUAUGUUGUGAAUAAAGUUUAUAUCCAAGUUGUCUGCAUUUUCUGAAUCAGGAAUGCGGCCUUCAAUAUUUUCGUAUAUCAUUCUUCAGACGCUGUUAGCAGUAAACCUAAUUUCUUUAAUAAAAAUGUGUUUUACACCUACGCUUAGCAAGGAUUUUUGUACUUUUGCUUUAAGUGCAACGCCACCUAUAAUACAUAUUCGAUUUGUGUUGUAAAGUUACAUUUGUAUAAUAUAACCCGUAACGUGUUUAUCUAUACGUUUGAUACAUCGAAAAAAGGUGUAUUGGACAAUUAAUGCAUUCAGCACUUUCGAUGGUGUUUUAUUUUGCAUCUGCAUAGGGAAUCACGUGUGUUUAACUCGUACUUAACUCAUCAAUAACUGGUAAACUUUAAAAUAGUAUUUUAAAUAAUAAAGACUUACAAUCAAUACCUUAAAUUCUACAUUUUGAGCGUCUGCUUUAUAUUUUUGACUUCACAUGUAUCUUUGUGUCAUUAAGUAUACGCUGUAUGUGAGGUUCUGCAAGCCAUCUAACAGGUUAAAGCCCACAAUGUUUUUCACUGACAAUUUUAAGGCGGAAACCCAAGCUGAAUCCAAUAAACAGUGUUUUGUUUAAUAUUUUUUAUCAUAUAAUAAAAGAUGAUAGUAGCAUUUUUUUCUCUUCUGAUAUUGUUAUUGAAGUUUCAUUGUUUUUAUCUUUAUUGUUAAUACUAGUGUAAAAUAGAAAUAGUAUCCUUAUAUUUUGUUAACAAGUUUAUUUAUUGAAAAGAUGUAAUACAUAAAUAAGGAUGUUUUUGUAUAAAACCGUAUGUUUGGUAUCACGCAUACCUUAUGGGAUCGUUAAAAAAUAAGCGGUAUGACUAUAUGACUUUUUAAUGCAUUGUGUAAUGAGUACUAGUGUCAUGUUAUCACCCUUUUAAUAUGUUAUCAAUGAUGUGGACUAAGUUAAAGUUAAAAAAAAUACCUUCUUUUGACUUUUAACAAAUCCGAUAUUAACAGUGCCCGUUUGAAUUUAAAAGUAUGCGUAUGCUGAUAUAUUGCCAACAUGGUGAUAGUCACUGAUUAUGUAUGAUUUCGAUUUGGUUUUUCUCUUAAUUGGUGAUAUUUUGUAAAUAUGCAAUGGAUAUGUCUUUAGGACUUUUAUUUGUAUUAAGUAAUGUAAUGCUAAUUUUACGUUAUUUUAAAUGCGCAUAUAUGAACACUUAUGUUAUACUAGAUUUCAUGCGAAUUGGUUAUUGGCAUUUAGUCUGUUACUAUUCUAUUAAAGUAAUACUAUGUAAACAAUAAAAUUCAUGGAAGAUAUGUACGAAUAUGUCACGACCUUCCUUUCGACUUCCAUAUGUUAGGAAACAAUUUGUCUUUGGAUGUUUUUGUUAUUACUAAAAGAUGAUAUUAUGGGUAGCAGGCGGUACACAGUGUUAUAUUAAAUUGUUUUAAUAUCCCGCUGCAAAGCGGAUUUUUUUCACCUCUCUGUCAGUCUGUCAGUAACAAGUGCUUAUCCGCCCCCUCCCCCUUCUUAUAUACGGAUUUUCAUGAAACUUAAAUACUAAAUACAUUAAGACGAUGUACAGAAGGCAUAAGUCAGUCAUUCCGAUUAUAGGUCAAGGUCGAACUUUAAAGUCAAGUGUUUGAGCCUCCCUUAUUGUGUAUGAUCAGUAUAUCUUAUAGCUUGGUGGGUUUUCAUGGAACAUAGCUACAAUAUUUAUACAAUUGAGACAGUUUGCAGACGUCAGUAACCCAGGCUGAAGGUUAAAUUCACACUUGAAAAUCAAUCGUUUUAGACUUCAUUUGUGUGUCUGCUCCAUUUAGCUUAUAUCCGUUGGACAUAUUCUUAUGAAAAUUCAUCAAAUUUCAAAGUCAUGGAUAAAAUAUACAAGCGGCAUGAGUAAGUCAGGUCAGAUCAAGAUGAAUGGCAAACGUGUAACUUCAAUUUGUGUGCCUGCUCAAUAUAUCUAGUAUACCCUUUCAAGAAUGUUGGCAAAAAUUAUAUGGUCAUUCAGAAGUGGAAGGCGGAAAGACAUGUCAACAUGAAGGACAAUAUUCUAGCGGUCAUUGCAUUCGUAUCUGCUUAAUAUCUCAUAUUCGCAUAGAAGGGUUUUCAUAAAAUAUAAUUCCAUUCAGUCAUUAGACAAUCACACCGUUUGCAUGUGUGCCAUGAGUCUGAUAUGUAAUGAUGCGUGCAGGAAGAUCCAAUAAUGCAUUUAUUAAACUAUGCCUGGCACCCAUGUCAAAUGUACUUAUGCAUAGAGUUAUAUGCGAAUUUAUUCAAAUAAAUGAUAUUUUUUUACAUGGUUUUAAACAGAUAUACGUCAACUUGUUAAAUAAGUUGUGUAUUUUUUGUUACGCUAUAUAUUAUUUAUAGAAGAUAUAUGCAACAGCGUAUCUCAUACUGUGCCACAUGUAUCUAGGAAAUAAGAGUGCUUGCUGCUGGUUGAGAAUAUAUCGUUUGACUAUAUAUAUGUAUGUGUAUGUAUGGAUAUAUAUGUAUGUCUUUUAAUAAAUAAGUAUUAA